GCAAGAGCUGGUGGGAGGAGAAGGCCCAGCCUUCAUCGGACCGGCAAGACACGAAGCAAGAGUGGAAUGCAUGGAGGAAGUGGGAGGAACCCGCCGAUGACGCAUGGAACAAGUGGGAGAAGCCCGCCGAUGACGCAUGGAACAAGUGGGAGAAACCCGCCGAUGACGCCUGGGGAUCAUCCAAUGCUUGGCAGACACAGCAGCAACCUGCCGAGACUGCCGAGGAUGCAAACAAGAGGAGGCACGAGACCUACCGCAAGGAAUACUAUGACUACCAAGAUUGGUACAAGCAGGCGGGAAUCACGCCCGACACCAACAGUGCAUGCACAUUCUCAGACGAAUCAGGUGACCGCGGAAUUGAUUUCGAGUUGUACAAUUCAGUACAUGUGCGAGUCAGUGGCAACGGUGCUGAGACCCUUCCCAAGCAUCUGGACAGUUUCGAGGACUUGUUUGCCAGGUUUGACGGCAUCCCGGGGCAGCUGCAGGAGAUCUUGAGGCUACUUAAGUUUGAAUACCCUACACCAGUCCAGAAGUAUGCUGUCAUCGCGGGACUGGCUGGCCGGGAUGUCAUGUGUUGUGCUCAGACCGGCAGCGGGAAGACGGCAGCCUAUUUGAUCCCAAUGCUCGCAAGCAUGAUGAAGAACCACCGAGCUACAGGUGCCCUGACGGAGCCCUUUGAGGGCCCCUGCGAGCCGGAUACGCUGAUCUUGGCUCCCACUCGGGAGCUGGCCCUGCAAAUUUAUGACGAUGCAGUCCGAUUCUGCUAUGGCACGGACUAUCGCGUCAUCCGUGUCUAUGGACAAGAGGCGCGAGCGAAUCAACUGCGUGAUUUCUCCAAAGGCGCCGACAUCUGCGUGGCGACGCCAGGUCGCUUUGCAGACUAUGUCGAGGCGGAGAUCAUCAGUGUGCAGAAGACUUAUUGUCUGGUGCUGGAUGAAGCGGACCGGAUGCUGGAGCUAGGCUUCCAAGAAACCAUCCAAGAGCUCAUUGAAAAGCGUGGCAUGCCUCAAAACAACGAGCGUCAGACAAUGAUGUUCUCGGCCACCUUUCCGAAGGAAAUUCAGGAGACUGCCAUGAACUACUUGCACAAUCAUUUGUUUGUGGAGGUGGGAAAGCUUGGCAGCCCUGCGGCUACAGUCACUCAGGUUCUGGAGCAAGUGGAGAAGAAGAACAAGCUGGACACGCUUGUGUCUUUGAUCGACUGCUGGAUGCAGAGCAGCCGGCCGACGGGUCAGGAACGAAUGCUGGUGUUUACGAACAGCAAGAACCAAACCAAGGCCUUGGACGAGUACCUCUGGGAUAAGGAGGUUGCCAAGACCGGGGCCCUUCAUGGUGACUUGGACCAGCCGAAGCGUGAGUCCAACCUCGCCUUGUUCCGGGAAGGCAAGAUUGACGUGAUGCUCGCGACGGACGUAGCAGCCAGAGGUCUUGAUAUCAGCAAAGUCUCCCAUGUGGUGAACUUUGACCUGCCGAAGGAUCCCCAGGUCUACGUGCACCGCAUUGGCCGCACCGGCCGCAUUGGCCAUCGUGGCACAGCCUACAGCUUCGUGACCAUGGAAGAUGGUUGGUGGACGGACAACGAAGAGAUGCUCAAGAAAUUGCCCACCUUCAUGGAAGGGGCACCGAACACCCAGGUGCCGGACUGGCUUCUUGAGAAGUGCAACACCCUAACAGUCGGAGAAUGGGGGGCCGAAGAGAACGACACAACGGAUGCUCGUGAUGCCUGGUCGAAGUGGACGCCUUCUACCGAUGGAGAACAGACAAAAGGCCAAGGCAAUGACAGCGCUUGGCAGGAGAACAGUUGGGAGCAGCCCACGCCCGAAGAGUCUCUGCCAUACCAAUAG